CAGCUCUUUUGACGUGACUCUGCUCUAGACUUCUUUGCGAUCCGCCAAAGAGCUUCUGCGCCGCAAGCGGUUGUGAGGUGUUGGUUGCUUUGUUCCUUCCACAAUACCGAUACCACCGGUUUCUGCAACCGACCACAGUCACACAUCCCACCCCUUAGAGGCUGGCCAACACAAAGAAAGCGUGUGCACAUCACUGCCAUCCAAAAAGGCCGCGCUGCGCCUUGCCGCCCACCCGCUCCCGUCGCAUCGAACCAAACCUAUCCGUCGCUCCUCAACCGAACACCUCACCUCCCCAAAGCCAUCGAUCUGCUCGCAUUCCCUCCAACAACCCUCGCUCUCUCCAUCACUGGCAGCGUAGCGAUAACCCCCUCCCGUCUAAAGCCAUACCCACGGUCGAUUCUUGUCUACGCCUAAUCCUACCCCACCGGGAGCAAGGGCUAGCCUGAAACCCGACCAGCAAACUAACCUGAGGAGCCACCGCCUGCGAAGAUAGGGCCGGUCUUCUACAUCGACAAGAUGGCUACCGUCCCACCCACAGGCCCGGCCCGCGGUGCGCGGGGCGCAGCUCGAGGCGGCAUCCAGAAACGCCGCGGCGGCGGAGCUGGACGUGUUGACCGCGACGGAGACCUCGUCAUGGACGCGUCGGCGCCGGGCAGAGCCAACGGCAUUGGGAAGCGCAACGCCAACAAUCCCCACAAUCGCCCGGCAAGGGGCCGCCCUGCCGCCCGUGGUGGCGGCGGUGGAGCAGCAACGAGGGCCGUCAUCGCCGCUCAGGACAAGAUCCUCCGCCACCUGAAUGCCGGCUCUGAUCUAUCAACCCGCAUAUCGUCAGCUCAGCGAAGGGGGUCGGGGCCCACGUCUGUCCUGAAGGUUGUCGGGAUCAAGGGCAGCAAGGCGUCCACCAAUGCAGACAAGGGUGUCAAGAAUGCGCUGGACUUCCUGGAGCGCAAGGCAGCCAAUUUCAACUCCCGCCGAAUAAUCGUCAAAAAGUCGUCGGAUACCGAUCACGAGGGCGUGAUGGCAGACGACACCAGAUGGCCGCGUUCUCCAAGACCUCCCGACGGAGGAGAACUCGACAAGUUGCUAACCCAACACCCCAGUCACACCUGGCCUCCGACCUCACCCUUUACAUCCUCCUUAGCAAGGAGGAUGCUGAGGAUGUCUUGAAGCUGAAUGGUUGGCUUUUCGCCGGAUCCAAUCUCGCUAUAACCGAGAGCCAGGACGGCUGGCCUGGAGACUCAAAGUCCCACAGCCCGGUCCAAACCAGCCAGGAGACCCAGGACCUCCGAUCACGACUAGGGGACUUCCUCGAGCGGCGGUACACUGCAGACAGGAAGCUGCUGGAUCUGUCGGCUAUCGGCCUGGAUCCGGUCCUCGCAGAGAUGGGAGCGUUCCAGGAUAAAGAGCGGGCCGAGAAGACGUUCAAGGCGCUCAUGGCAAUCAGCGAGGACAUAUUCCCAACCGCCGACAAGAGACGCGCCGCGGUCGAAAGCAUAACCGUCGCCAACAACUCCAUCGACCACGUCGCCCAAGUCUUUGAUAUCGCCAUCACUUUCCCCGAUCUGAAGCAUCUCGACUGCAGCGGUAACAUGCUCCAGACAGUCAAAUCUAUGGCAAGAUGGAACCACCACUUUCAACACCUGGAGACACUCCUCCUCAACGGCAACCCGAUCGAGUCUGUCGAGCCCACCCACAAGGAGGAGCUGGUCAAGUGGUUCCCCAAGCUACAGAACCUGAGCAACAUCCAGGUGCGGACACCCGAAGAGAUCGCGGCUGCCGAGGCCGCGAAGGCCGCCGCGCGGCCUGUUCCGAUUCCUCAGCACGGCCCGGAUUUCCGCGACGCUGGUAGAAUCGGCGAGGAUUUCCUUAUGCAAUUCCUACCCCUGUUCGACAGCGACAGGGCUGGCCUGGCCAACAUGUUCUACGACGACAGGAGCAACUUCUCCGUGUCGGUUGUCAACCACGCGCCGCGCGACGUCGACGAGCCCGUUCUUCCAUGGCAGCCAUAUCUCAAGUACUCCCGGAAUCUUGUGAGGAUCACGCACCCAGGACCACGCGUCCAACGUCUCAUGAAGGGCCGCCAGACCAUCCAGGAGAUGUGGAAGGUACUACCAUCUACGAGGCAUCCUGACCUGAGGGCCGAUUUUACCAAGUACCUGGUCGACUGCCACCCGUUGCCAGCGCUUGCGGAUCCCAGCGGCCAAAGCCCCCACGGUGUGGACGGGCUCCUCAUCAACAUCCAUGGCGAGUUCGAAGAGGGCGACUCUGGCAGCUCCAAGGUCGGCAAACGGAGCUUCUCCAGGACGUUCGUUCUGGGUCCUGGACCACCAGGUGGCAACCCUGUCCGCGUCGUCAGCGAUAUGCUCUCUCUCAGAGCCUGGAACCCCAUUCCCGUUGCUCAAGCGCCCGUGCCAGUCGAGGCGGCUCCCGUUGACCAGCAGCAACAACAACGGCAGCAGCUAGUUGCAGAGCUAUCGCAGCGCACCAACAUGACAGCUCAGUACUCCGAGAUGUGUCUGGACCAAGUCGGCUGGAACCUGGAAGCCGCCCUAGUCAAAUUCCAAGAAACAAGGCCGAAUCUCGGUCCCGAGGCCUUUAUAAACGGAAUGCCGGCUCCCUAGUCGCCGUCCGGGAUGACAUCAGAGGGAGCCCAAACAACAGAGAAAACGAGAAGGAAGGUCCAAUUAUGGGGCGUCGAACUGGAUAUGAUGGGGAAUAAAACAAGAAAUAGCCCGACAAGGAAAGAGGUGUGAGAAAUAAAGACAGCGAUGAGCACAAAGAGGGACAGGCAAAGCCGGUCUGACGAUGAUCAGGCCUCCACACGGCAUCGCUGUUUCUCUAUGGGGCUUUGUUUUGCUUGUCCUUUUUUUCUCUCUACACAUGCGCUCCCCAUCACAAAUCAGGAUAUGGCAAGGAUAGGUUGCAUUCUCAUAACGUGUAUGAGACAUCGAUGUAUGGCGUUCAAGGAGUUCAUAUGGUUGACGGGGUCGCGGGGUCUUCUGAGUUGGUGUCCUUCCUCUUUCUUUUUCUACCCUUGCUGUCGACUUAGGCACUUGCGAAUUUCUCUCUACCUUUUUCAACCUCCCUAGACUAGCGGCUUCACGAUGACGGGACGGGACCCGAGAUACACCUCCAGGGCUGCUUAGCAUACAUCGGCUAGGCUGUGUCGACGAAAAGCGGAUGUGUUUCGAAUAGCAUGACUUGAGGAUUCAUAUUUCCCCAGCCAGUCCUCUCUAUGGCAUCUUUAAUCAAGCCCGAGCCACGACCACCUUGGCAUGUACUUAGUAGAGAAAGGUUCCCCGGUCAUAAACGGCUAGGGGCAGGCUUCAACAUCUCGCAAAGGGCCUGAAGCUGAAGCGUAUGGGACCGAUCCCAAGAGAGCGCGGCCUUCACUUAUAUGCAGGCAACACCAUGCCACGAUAACUAUAUACGGCGCACGUCAAGC